GCCUGCCUGCCAGUGUCGGCUGCCGGAGAAGAAAGGGCUGCUGAGAUGCUGCACCCUGCACAGCGCUGGGCUCCCACGAUUCAGGGCGCGAAGAGCCAAGUCCACCCGGAAUGCAGCGCUGCUGGGGAUCCAGGCGUCCCCACCCACUGAGCUCCCUCCUCGGCCAUCCCUCCUUCCGUAGGUUGUGACAGUUGGAAGCUCAUUGUACAAAAUGCUGCGAUUAAGUCUCUCACCCACCUUUUCCAUGGGAUUUCAUCUGUUAGCCAUUGUGGCUCUUUUAUUUUCCCAUGUGGACCAUAUAAAUGCUGAGACGGAAAUGGAAGGAGAAGGAAAUGCAACUGGUGAAUGUACUGGGUCCUAUUACUGUAAAAAAGGGGUGAUUUUACCCAUUUGGGAACCCCAAGACCCUUCUUUUGGGGACAAAAUUGCUAGAGCUACUGUGUACUUCGUGGCCAUGGUCUACAUGUUUCUUGGAGUCUCUAUCAUAGCCGACCGCUUCAUGUCCUCUAUAGAAGUCAUCACAUCUCAAGAAAAAGAAAUAACCAUAAAGAAACCUAAUGGAGAGACCACCAAGACGACUGUGAGGAUCUGGAACGAGACCGUUUCUAACCUGACCUUGAUGGCCUUGGGAUCUUCUGCUCCUGAAAUUCUCCUUUCAGUCAUUGAAGUGUGUGGCCAUAACUUCACUGCAGGAGACCUGGGUCCUAGCACCAUCGUGGGAAGUGCUGCAUUUAAUAUGUUCAUCAUUAUUGCACUUUGUGUGUAUGUGGUCCCUGAUGGAGAGACAAGGAAGAUCAAGCAUUUGCGUGUGUUCUUUGUGACGGCAGCCUGGAGCAUCUUUGCCUACACCUGGCUUUACAUUAUUUUGUCUGUCAUCUCCCCUGGUGUUGUGGAGGUCUGGGAAGGUUUACUUACUUUCUUCUUCUUCCCCAUCUGUGUGGUGUUUGCUUGGGUGGCAGAUAGGAGGCUUCUAUUUUACAAGUAUGUCUACAAGAAGUAUCGGGCUGGCAAGCAGAGGGGAAUGAUUAUUGAACAUGAAGGUGACAGGCCAUCUUCCAAGACGGAAAUUGAAAUGGAUGGGAAGGUGGUCAAUUCUCAUGUUGACAAUUUCUUAGAUGGAGCUCUGGUUCUGGAGGUUGAUGAGAGGGACCAAGAUGAUGAAGAGGCUAGGCGAGAAAUGGCUAGGAUUCUGAAAGAACUUAAGCAGAAGCAUCCAGAUAAAGAAAUAGAGCAAUUAAUUGAAUUAGCUAACUACCAGGUCCUAAGUCAGCAGCAAAAAAGUAGAGCAUUUUACCGCAUUCAAGCUACUCGCCUGAUGACAGGAGCUGGCAACAUUUUGAAGAGGCAUGCCGCUGACCAAGCAAGGAAGGCUGUCAGCAUGCAUGAGGUCAACACAGAAGUGGCUGAAAAUGACCCUGUUAGUAAGAUCUUUUUUGAACAAGGGACAUACCAGUGUCUGGAGAACUGUGGUACUGUGGCCCUGACCAUCAUCCGCAGAGGUGGGGAUUUGACCAACACUGUGUUCGUUGACUUCAGAACAGAGGAUGGCACAGCCAAUGCUGGGUCUGAUUAUGAAUUUACUGAAGGGACUGUGGUCUUUAAGCCUGGUGAGACCCAGAAGGAAAUCCGAGUUGGCAUCAUCGAUGAUGAUAUCUUUGAGGAGGAUGAAAAUUUUCUUGUGCAUCUCAGUAAUGUCAGGGUAUCUUCUGAAGCUUCAGAAGAUGGCAUACUAGAAGCCAAUCAUGUUUCUACGCUUGCUUGCCUCGGGUCUCCCUGCACUGCCACCGUGACUAUUUUUGAUGAUGACCACGCAGGCAUCUUUACUUUUGAGGAACCCGUGACCCAUGUGAGUGAGAGCAUUGGCAUCAUGGAAGUGAAAGUAUUGAGAACAUCUGGAGCUCGAGGAAAUGUUAUCGUUCCCUACAAAACCAUCGAAGGAACUGCCAGAGGUGGAGGGGAGGACUUUGAGGACACGUGUGGAGAGCUGGAAUUCCAGAAUGAUGAAAUUGUCAAAACAAUAUCAGUCAAGGUAAUUGAUGAUGAGGAGUAUGAGAAAAACAAGACCUUCUUCCUUGAGAUUGGAGAGCCCCGCCUGGUGGAGAUGAGUGAGAAGAAAGCCCUGUUAUUGAAUGAGCUUGGUGGCUUCACAAUAACAGGAAAAUACCUGUAUGGCCAACCUGUCUUCAGGAAGGUUCAUGCUAGAGAACAUCCGAUUCCCUCUACUGUAAUCACCAUUGCAGAGGAAUAUGAUGACAAGCAGCCACUGACCAGCAAAGAGGAAGAGGAGAGGCGCAUUGCAGAAAUGGGGCGACCAAUCCUGGGAGAACACACCAAGUUGGAAGUGAUUAUUGAAGAAUCCUAUGAGUUCAAGAGUACUGUGGACAAACUCAUUAAGAAGACAAACCUGGCCCUUGUGGUUGGGACAAACAGCUGGAGAGAACAGUUCAUUGAAGCUAUCACUGUCAGUGCUGGAGAAGAUGAUGAUGACGAUGAAUGUGGAGAAGAGAAGCUGCCCUCCUGUUUCGAUUAUGUGAUGCAUUUCCUGACGGUGUUCUGGAAAGUCCUCUUUGCCUUCGUCCCUCCUACAGAAUACUGGAAUGGCUGGGCAUGCUUCAUUGUCUCCAUCCUCAUGAUUGGCUUACUGACAGCUUUCAUUGGAGACCUGGCUUCCCAUUUUGGCUGCACCAUUGGUCUGAAAGAUUCUGUGACUGCAGUUGUGUUCGUCGCACUUGGAACUUCAGUGCCAGAUACAUUUGCCAGCAAAGUGGCAGCCACCCAGGACCAGUAUGCAGAUGCAUCCAUAGGUAACGUCACUGGCAGCAAUGCGGUGAACGUCUUUCUGGGAAUCGGUGUGGCCUGGUCCAUUGCUGCCAUCUACCAUGCAGCGAAUGGAGAAGAGUUCAAAGUGUCCCCUGGCACGCUAGCUUUCUCUGUCACUCUCUUCACCAUUUUUGCUUUCAUCAAUGUGGGGGUGCUGCUGUAUCGGCGGAGGCCAGAAAUUGGAGGUGAGCUGGGUGGGCCCCGGACUGCCAAGCUCCUCACAUCCUGCCUCUUUGUGCUCCUGUGGCUCUUGUACAUUUUUUUCUCCUCCCUGGAGGCCUACUGCCACAUAAAAGGCUUCUAA